GUUGGAUACAAAACUCAAGCACUUUUGCUUAUGGCUGAAGCGAUGUCAUGUUCUUCUGAAAUAACGGAAGAGUUUUUGUGUCCAGUUUGUCAAGAAAUACUACAAACCCCAGUGAGAACGCAGUCCUGUCGGCACGUUUUUUGCAGGAAAUGUUUUAUGUUGGCAAUGAAGUCAGGGGGUGCAUAUUGUCCCCUUUGUCGUGGACCAGUGAACAAAAGUGAAAGAUCUGCUCCUGUAAGAGCAACUGAUAUUGACCUAGAGAUGAGAAUGCUUUCGGGAGGCUGUAUGUAUUGCGGGAAAAUGAUGAAACUGCAUUACAUGAAGCUCCAUUACAAAUCCUGUAGAAAGUACCAGGAGGAAUAUGGAUUAUCACCUAAAAAUGUCACUAUACAGACUGGCCAAAAUUCAACCAAAUGCCAGGAGCCAAAAUACAAGUGCCCUUUGUGUUCUGAACAUAAUUUAAAUCAAAGGAGCCUACUGGAGCACUGUAACAAUGUGCAUUACUAUGAAGAGGUGGAAAUGGUUUGCCCUAUCUGUGCCACUUUACCCUGGGGAGAUCCUAUUCAAACUACUGGGAAUGUUAUUGCCCAUUUAAAUGCCAGACAUCAGUUCAACUAUCUAGAGUUUAUGAAUAUUAACAUUGAUGAAGAGGCGCAGUUUCAAAUCGCCGUUGCAAAUUCGUACAAAAUUUCAAGGUGAUUCAAGCAGAAAGAAUGCAUCUUGUAACAGUGAUUACAGACAGACUUUCUCGUUUCCUUUUUGUUUUUUAAAUAUCACAAUUUGUAAUGUAUUUAAAAUAAAAAUGUA